UCCUCACCGCCUCCCCGGGGAGGCCAAGGUCUUAUGACCCUUGCGAGGUGCCGUUCGCCUACGGUCACGUGACCGCCGCAACAUGGCGGCGCCCAUGUGAAGGGGGGCUACGGCGCGGAGAAUGCGCGGGGCAGCAGCCGCCUUCAGGACCCUUCAACGAGGCAUCCCAGGCCCCCUCUGCCGCCGGUUUGCCAUGGACGGGGCCUCCCCCAACGGCCCCGGGUCCCCCCCAGCCCCUGAGGGCUCCCCCCGGGCCAGCGAGACGCUGAUCUCCGAGGGCCGAGCCACCAUCCUCUUCCCCAGCGCCAAUGAGGUCUUCUACAACCCGGUGCAGGGCUUCAACCGGGACCUGACCUGCGCUGUGCUGACGGAAUUCGCUCGGCUCCUCCUGCAGCCAAAGGGGAUCCAGGUUGUUGCCCCUGGGGAGGAGAGCACGGAUGCAGGAAGCCCCCAACCACUGGAGGAGGGUGAUGGUGCCAGUGCCAGCCCCCCACGGGUGGUGAAGGCAGGAGAAGUGUGCGAGGGGGGGCUGCGGGUGCUGGAGGCGCUGGCGGCCUCGGGGCUCCGCUCCAUCCGCUUCGCCAAGGAGGUGCCGGGGCUUCGGGCCGUGGUGGCCAACGACUGCUCAGCGCAGGCUGUGGGGCUCAUUGAGCGCAACGUGGCCUUCAAUGGGGUGGGGGCCCUGGUGACCCCCAGUAUGGCUGAUGCCAGGAUGCUGAUGUACCAGUGCAAAGCUGACAGGGAGCCCUUUGAUGUGAUCGACCUGGACCCCUACGGCAGCCCCGCGCACUUCCUUGAUGCUGCUGUGCAAGCUGUGAGCGAAGGAGGGUUACUGUGUGUGACCUGCACGGACAUGGGGGUGCUGGCGGGGAACAACGCUGAGACCUCCUACAGCAAGUACGGUGCCGUGUCCCUCAAGGGCAAGUUCUGCCACGAGAUGGCCCUGCGCAUAGUCCUGCACAGCCUGGACAGCAGAGCCAACUGCUACCAGCGCUUCAUCGCGCCGCUGCUCGCCGUCAGCGCCGACUUCUACAUCCGCGUCUUCGUGCGGGUCUUCACGGGGCAGGCGAAGGUGAAAGCCUCGGCGAGCAAGCAGGCUCUGGUGUACCACUGCGUUGGCUGCGGCACCCACCACCUCCAGCGCAUGGGCAAGGCCACAGCCCAUGGCAACGGCUUCAAGUACGGGGCAGCCACGGGGCCACCUGUGGGGCCCACGUGUGAGUUCUGCCAACAGCGGCACCAGCUGGGUGGUCCCAUAUGGGCUGAGCCGCUCCAUGACGUGCCCUUCGUGCAGCGGGUGCUGGCGGCGCUGGAGCGGAGCCCCCAGCGCUUCCAGACGCAGGAGCGGAUGCAGGGGGUGCUCAGCAGCAUCGCCGAGGAGCUCAGCGAUGUGCCCCUGUACUACACCCUGGAGGGGCUCAGCAGCACCAUCCACUGCAACACCCCAUCACUGCUGCAGUUCAGCUCAGCGCUGCUGCACGCCGGGUACCGCGUGUCCUUGUCCCAUGCCUGCAGGACCGCAGUGAAGACGAAUGCGCCCCCAGCUGUGCUCUGGGACAUCCUGCGCUGCUGGGUGCGGCUGCACCCGGUGAAGCGCGAGCGGCUCACAGACACCAGCCCCGCAGCCCGGAUCCUCGCCGUGGAGCCCACGCUCCAGGCUUCCUUCGCUAUCCGCGCUGACGCCAAUCCCAGCUCCAGGAAAAGGGGCUUGAAGCGAUUCCCAGAAAACCCAGAAGCAUUUUGGGGACCUAAAGCCCGGGCCAAGGCUGGGGGCGGCAUCUCCCCAUCCCUGCAGGAGAAGAGGAAGCAGCUCCAGAACAAACGGAGGCAGCGACUGCAAGGAGCCGACGUGGAACCCUCCCCCUGCAAACGGCACAAGGAGGGCCACUGCUUGCAGGAGGGGGAGCCCCCCCUUGCACCCCCCAGACCCGGCACUGCCUCGUGCCCCCAUUAAACGCCUGAGGAAAUGG